UUCUCCGCCCCCUGUCUCAGCUCCAGGAGGACAUAGCAAACAGCUAAGGAAAGAGAAGAACAGAAGAGGUAGAAGAAGACCCUGUCCUGACCCUAAACCACAUUCAUCAUGCAGAAAAUAGAAGGGACUAUUCUGCUCGCUGCCCUGUGCCUGGUGUGCAUGCCAGUAGUGUUUGGCGAUGACUGUGCACCUUAUGUCGGAUCUGACUUUGCACUCCAUAGGGGACAGACGUGUAUAUUAUCAUUCUGUGCAGGAACUUGCACGGAACGGUACUGUGGCAUUAUACCGGGCACACAGCUGGACCAGGCCCAGUUCAUGUGCGUUGUGAACAACCUUUACUUUGUGGUUGGAUGCGGCGCUGUAGUCGCCUUAAUACUCAUCGGUGGAGUUAUCGCCUGUUGCUGCAAGUCACUCUGUGUGUGCUUUGGGCUCUGUUGUCCACAACGUUCACCUCAUCAUGUGACCAGCAGCAUGGCUGUCACCAAUGUUGUUCACCGUCAGCCCCUGGUGCAGAUACCGUAUACCACAUCUACUACAGGGUACAUGCCCGUAGCAGGCCAAACUGUGUACGCUGGGCAGUAUCCACCACCAUAUCCAGGUGAGGCAACUGGCUUUGUCAGUCACCCGACUAAAUAAGGUGGAGCGGAUAACAAGGCUUUUGAAGAAACACCAUAACAGUAUCAGUUUUAGGGUGGAUGGACAAGUAAUACUACUGCAUCUUAUAUAGACAAAAGUUAAAUCUCUUUUUUGGUUCAAGGACUGUCUGCUAGAACUAUGUGUUUUUAUGCUACUUUAAACAUUUAUUUUGUUUGUGGGGGGGG